AUGUUUGCGAAGGGAAACCCAUUCACAAUCAAAAGAAACAACGAGUCUGUUUUGAUACCACGACAGAAGACAUGUGCCGUGGUUGGUAACAGUGGAAUUCUCUUGAAUAGCAGUUGUGGUAGAGAAAUCGACUCCAAUGACUUUGUUAUCCGCUGUAACCUUCCGGACAUUGAGAAGUUUAGUCAUGAUGUUGGGAAGAAAACGAAUAUAGUUAUUCUUGACAAAACCAGAGUUUACGAUAUAUUCAGUUAUGCGAAGAAACACAGUGAAACUCCUAAUCUCUUAGACAACUUUAUUUUCCUAAAUAACACUGUACUUUGGUCAAUCGGUUCAAACAAAUCUAUUCGAACCAGACGUCUAGUUUAUUCAACGAAAUAUCUCAAAGAACAAUUUGACCUGACUUUCAAUGUGACUUACUCCAGUUCGUUAAGACACUGUUUUAGGUUACUGAAAAUCAAAAGUAUGGUAACCGCGGGGAUGCAUGCCGUGUGUGCUACAUUGUAUCUUUGUGACAAAGUCAGCAUUUAUGGAUUCUAUCCGUUUCCCACUCGACCAGAUGGCAGUGUUAUCCCCUAUCACUAUUAUGACGAACUGACAUUUCCAAAUAAAACACGACAUAAUUACAGUAAAGAGCAGUUAGUGCUACAAUCAUUGGGUAAAGAUGGACUUUUACAUUUUGUAUCUGACAGAUGCAAUCCAUGA